GUGUGUCGUGUGCGGCCGGCUCUUCAUGUCGUGGCUCUUCGGGCUCAAUAAAGGUCAGAGCGGCGCUCCGCCGGACGCUCCGGUUCCGCCCGCUGGCUCUGGCUCCGGCUCCGGCUCCGGUUCGGGUGACAAACCCAAGGACAAAUGGAGCAACUUCGACCCGACCGGGCUGGAGCGCGCGGCGCAGGCGGCCAAAGAGCUGGACCGAUCGCGUCACGCCAAAGAGGCGCUGGAUCUGGCGCGCAUGCAGGAGCAGAGCGUGCAGCUGGAGCACCGCAGCCGCGUCAAGAGAUUGUUUCGUCCACAGAGGGCGCAGUAUCAGGACAAACUGGCGCGGCAGCGGUACGACGAGCAGCUCCGGCAGCAGCAACUCCUGAACGAGGAGAACCUGCGCAAACAGGAAGAGUCCGUGCAGAAACAGGAAGCCAUGAGGAGAGCGACCGUUGAGCACGAGAUGGAGCUGCGGCACAAGAACGAGAUGCUGCGUGUGGAGGCGGAGUCUAAAGCUCGCGCACGCGUGGAGCGAGAGAACGCUGACAUCAUCCGUGAACAGAUCCGACUGAAGGCGGCCGAACACAGACAGACCGUCCUCGAGUCCAUACGGACGGCGGGUGCUGUGUUCGGUGAAGGUUUCCGCGCGUUUACAUCAGACUGGGAUAAAGUGACGGCGACGGUGGCGGGACUCACGCUGCUGGCGGUGGGCGUUUAUUCCGCGCGUAACGCUACUACUGUGGCCGGACGAUAUAUUGAGGCGCGGCUAGGAAAACCUUCGCUCGUGCGAGAAACGUCACGAUUCACUGUGGUGGAAGCCCUCAAACACCCCGUCAAGAUGGCGAAGCGCUUGAAGAGCAAGCCGCAGGACGCGCUGGAGGGAGUCGUGCUCAGCCCUUCGCUGGAAGAGCGCGUGCGCGACAUCGCCAUAGCGACGAGGAACACGCGACAGAACCGCGGGCUGUACCGGAACAUCCUGAUGUACGGGCCGCCGGGGACGGGAAAGACGCUCUUCGCUAAGAAGCUGGCGAUGCAUUCUGGGAUGGAUUACGCCAUCAUGACGGGAGGAGACGUGGCGCCGAUGGGCCGAGACGGAGUGACGGCGAUGCACAAGGUGUUCGACUGGGCCGGAACCAGCGGCCGCGGGCUGCUGCUGUUUGUGGACGAAGCUGAUGCAUUCCUGCGCAAGAGAUCCACCGAGAAGAUCAGUGAGGAUCUCCGAGCGACUCUGAACGCAUUCCUGUACCGCACCGGAGAACAGAGCAACAAGUUCAUGCUGGUUCUGGCCAGUAAUCAGCCUGAGCAGUUUGAUUGGGCCAUAAAUGACCGAAUUGAUGAGAUCGUGAACUUCAUGCUGCCGGGACUUGAGGAGAGAGAGAGACUCGUGCGGCUCUACUUUGACCGAUACGUGCUGGAGCCGGCCACCGGAGGACGCCAGAGGCUGAAGCUAGCUCAGUUCGAUUACGGGCUGAAGUGUUCGGAGAUCGCGAAGCGUGUGGAGGGAAUGUCCGGACGAGAAAUCUCCAAACUCGCAGUCGCCUGGCAGGCGGCGGCGUACUCCUCCGAGGAUGGUGUACUGACCGAGGCCAUGAUCGACGCGCGGGUGGAUGACGCCGUGAGACAGCACCGGCAGAAGAUGGACUGGCUUCAUGGAGAAGGGGUUCUGGAUAACGAGGGCCGGCCGACGCCCACCAAAGGCUCCGCGCCGCCGCUCAAGGCACAGGAAGUGCUCCGCCCUCUACAGGAAGUGCCAUCAGACCGGAGCAAACGCGACGGGACUCCAGUUUAACGCUCGUUUGGAGUAACGAUUAGAGCUGCAGAAGUGUCUGUCUGUUGUGUGUUUGUGCUGCUGUUUACUGAUCACAAGUCUGUAACUUUAAUUCUGUUAAUAAUCACUGAGAAACUGGAAACAAGUCCACAUGAAAUCAAUGGAAACUGUUUUUAUGUCUGACAGUAAAGCAAUUUUCGUUUCU